CCUCGCCGCCGUCCCGGGCAGAGCCGCAGGCGGCUGCUUCCCCUUGCCUCGGUCCUAGACUGCAGCUUCCUGGCGGCCAGGGCAACAAGCAGCUGCAUCUUGGAGCGUCUUCUUUCCCGAGUGCCCCUUCAUCUCUCCCAGCCCCCUCCUCUCUCAUACCUGCAGCCUUUCUUUCUCCCUUCACUCUUACCUUAUUUCUGCUUGUCUUCCCCUUCUCUUUACCAUUUUCUGGUUUCAAGGUUUUGGGGUUUUUUUCCUUCUCUUUCUUCUCCCCCCAUCCUAUUCCCUUUUGGACCAUCUUCGUUUAGUACCUCUUAAUUUCUUGAUUAUUUUGAUUUUUUUUCCCUUGGACUUUGCCUUGUCAUGUCAAGAUGGAAGUCAGGCAUGACUGGCUCUCCUCAUCCCCCCAUGAGGGCUUCGAGCAGAUGAGGCUGAAGAGCAGACCCAGGGAGCCUUCCCCAAGCCUCACCAGAGUAGGUGCGAACUUCUACAGCACUGUCAAGCAGCAGGACUACAGUGCCAGUGUCUGGCUGAGGAGGAAAGACAAACUGGAGCACUCCCAGCAAAAAUGCAUUGUGAUCUUUGCACUGGUAUGCUGCUUUGCAAUUCUGGUUGCACUGAUAUUUUCGGCAGUGGAUAUUAUGGGAGAAGAUGAGGAUGGACUCUCAGAAAAGAACUGUCAAAAUAACUGUCGGGUUGCUCUUGUGGAAAAUAUCCCUGAAGGGAUCAACUAUUCAGACAGUGCACCAUCCCAUUUGUCUCUUUUCCAAGGCUGGAUGAAUUUGCUUAAUAUGGCUGAAAAGUCUGUUGACAUAGUAUCUUCCCAGUGGGACCUCAAUCACAGUCAUCCAUCAGCAUGCCAGGGUCAGCGUCUUUUUGAAAAACUGCUUGAACUGGCAUCCCGAAAUAUUGAGAUAAAGCUAGUGAGCGAUAAACUGCCCGUGGAAUCAAAGGUAUUAAACGACUUGAAAGCAAAGGGUGCUGAAGUGUUGUAUAUGAACAUGUCAGCAUAUAAUGAAGGUCGGCUGCAGUCAUCAUUCUGGAUUGUUGAUAAACAGCACGUAUACAUUGGAAGUGCCAGCCUAGACUGGAGAUCGUUGGGACAGAUGAAGGAACUUGGUGUCAUCGUAUACAACUGUAGCUGCCUGGUCCUGGAUUUACAAAGGAUAUUUGCCCUCUAUAGCUCACUAAGGUAUAAGAAUAAAAUUCCUCCGAGUUGGUCUAAGAGACUCUAUGGAGUAUACGAUACUCAAAAUAAACUGACGCUGCAGCUGAAUGAGACAAAAUCAGAAGCUUUUGUGUCGAACUCACCUAAACUCUUCUGCCCCAAGGACAGAGUCCUGGAUAUUGAAGCUAUCUACAGUGUUAUUGAUGAUGCCAAACAGUUUGUGUACAUUGCUGUCAUGGACUACUUGCCCAUUGUGAUCGACACCAAUGCUAAACGGUACUGGCCAUAUUUAGAUGGGAAGAUAAGAGAAGCAUUAGUAUUACGAAGUAUUAAAGUACGGCUUCUUAUAAGUUUCUCAAGAGACACAGAUCCCCUUACUUUUAACUUUGUUUCAUCUCUGAAAGCUAUUUGCACUGAAGUCCCAAGCUGUAGUUUGAAAGUUAAAUUCUUUGACUUGGAGGAAGAGAGUGCCUGCUUUCUUAAAGAACAGAAGAACACUUCCCUUCCCAAAUUGAAUCGUAACAAAUACAUGGUGACUGACGGAGCUGCGUAUAUUGGUAAUUUUGAUUGGGUAGGAAAUGCUUUUACGCAGAAUGCUGGAGCUGGCCUUGUUAUCAACCAAGCAGACGCGGGGAACAGCACAAGCAUCAUUAAGCAACUCAAGGCUGUUUUUGAAAGGGACUGGUAUUCACAUUAUGCCAAAAGUUUACAACCAACAAAAAUCCCAAACUGCUUUAACCACAAACUCAAUAAAGGAACUUCAAAUAAGACUUCCAUGAGCAAUGUGAAUUAGAAAGACUAUUUUACCAUUUAGUAUGGCAAUGAAGAGUUAUGUUGGGGUGUAGCGUUCUUUCAUAUUUACAGACAAAAGACUUAAAGAAAAAGCAAAAAAAAAAAAAAAAGUUUGGUUUGGGGGGGUGUUUUUAGGAAAAAGCACACUUACAUUAAAUCUGUCUAACCUAUAUUCUCUAUAUGAAUUAUUUAAGACUUUCAAAUUUGUUACUUCUGACACUGAAUGUCAUUUCCACUUCCAUGUAAAUUUUAAUGUUCCACUUUUGAAUUUAUCAGCAUGUGUCAGUGUUUCUGUUUUAGAACUUUCCCCAAUUGCCAACCUAGCUAGAGCAAACCUUGAGGCAAAAUGAAGAUUCAAGCUAUGAAAUGACAUUCUAAGAUCACUUAUUGACAUACAGAUAGAUGGUAGGUUUACUGUAGGAGAAAAUGUAAACAAAUAAGCAAAGUUUCACCCACAUAUAUAAUUCCCAUUGAAUAACUACCCUGUCAUAAAAAUACUUACUGGUUUUGAGUAUUUACUUUGAGUAUCACUAUUCCAUGUCUUCUAAGUAGCCUUAAAAUACAUUGGAGUUAUUACAGGACUGGUAGUUCUUUCAUCUCCUAACAGUAUGAGAAAUUGAGGGGUUGGAGUUGGCCUCAUCAAGUUUGUGGUAUUUCCUAAAGUGUCUCAGAUUUUUUAUCGAAGUACUGUGGACUCCUUUCAACAGAAUAGUUAUUUCUAGUUACAUGCAUUUUAUCUAACAGUGAAAAUCUCUGGGUUAAUAGCUAAAACCUAGAACUGAUUUUUUUAUGUUUUUGUAAUCUAAAAAAAAUUUCUCACCCAAGUUAAAUAUGAGAGUCAGCAGAUAUAUGUGAUGACUCAUUCUUAACCAAUGCACAUCUCAAAAUCAAAUACUGCUUUUUAGAAAGGCCAAGGGUUAUGCAAAAUCGUGCAAUAAUUGUUGUUAAAUGAUCAUACAGUAAUGUUGUUGAUUUUUACACCUGAAGAAUUUGCUUUCCUAACUUCUACUUUAAAAAGAAAUAAAAAUUGUGAAGUGACAUUUUUUUGUUAAAAUGUCAUCCAUAUAGGUACAUACACCUUCAUGGACAGAAAGUGAUGCUUUCAUUUAGACCAUAGUUUUAGUUGGUGUCAAAAGUGUGCCUCUACAAUCACAACUUAGUUGCACCAAGAAGCAACUGUUCUAUAGAAGUACAAAUUUACUCUUUGAAGAAAUACACACAAAUGUUCGAUGACUGAUUUUUCUCCAGACAGAGAUGUAAUAGCAUAGUUUCAUAAUAAAAAUGUUUCAUUACUAUGCCUCUGCUUCCUUCGAAGAAACACAGCCAUGAAAGCAAACUGCAUUUUGCAUUUCAUUAAAUAUUCACAGAACCUUCUCCAAAAUGAUGACUUUUCUUCUCAUCUUCUGAAGGCACACUUCAAAAGCAGAGGGCAAAAAAGAGAAAGAAACCCAACUACAUUCCAAUGUAUUAAUUUAAUCUUAAAAAGAAGUUAAAAAUCCACCUUGACUUUCAAAAGGUACCUUUUACUUAUAGGGUAAAAACAUUCGAACUUAUUUCACAGUGAGCACAGUUUAGGAAAUUUUAACAAAUUAGCAUAUUCACAACUUCAAAUUGUCAGCUUAGAGAUACCACACAAGACUAAUUAUGACCCCAGAAGGCACACUUUUGACAAAGAAUUUUCAUUUAUUUUGCAAUUGCAAAUAUUUACAUCAUCUUACUGAAAAUUAUUAUGAUUAAUCAGAAAAACUUUUAAGAUUUUCAUCUUCUACAGAAAAUAUUUUGCACAGCUCCAAUAAUCAAUAACAUUUUUUAAUAUUCAGAUAAACACAUGCCAUUUAUUAGCCUCACACACACAUAGAAAAGCAUAUACUCUGACAUACUGUUAAGAAACAAGUAUUUUAAAAGCAAAAGUUUUCCUGUGUUGCUAUAAAAAAAGAUCUUUGUGAGGAGAAAUUUCUGGAUUUUCUUCUGUAUUUCAGUAUGUAUAGCAUAGCAUGUAUGGGAGAGAGAUUCCCAGCACUUAGCUUACUUGCUUGAAUUUUUUUGUUUUGUUAAAGAAAUGAAUAUUAGUCCAGAUCAAUUAUUGGUGAAAAUUUCAGCUGAGUUAUACCACCAAUAACUUUAGUCUUGUGAGCCAAAAACCCACAAAAUGAACAAACAAAAAGCCCAUCACAUUUUUAAAAGCUGGUUGAGAUGGUUUUACAGUUUCUGAGGUCCCUAUGGAUAAGUGAUCUUAAAGUUUGAGAUAAACUUAAUACCACAUGACCUUACAUAAAACACAAAAUAAUUUAUGCAAACAAACAAACAAACAAAAAAAAACAACAAACAACUGCCUGGAGUUGUUAAUUGUAGCACCUAAUGGCAAUAAUAUACAGUAAUCAGUCAAUGCAGGGUUUUUUUUUUCCCUCUUGCAUUAUGGAUACUGCAAAUGUGUUACAUUUUUUAAAAGACAUCAUAUAUAAAAAAUGGAGGAUCUGAGUGGAACACAAGUUUGUCAGAUGAUAAAGCUAAGUUGUUUACAAAGCAGGAUUUAGUGAUUAAAUGAGACUGACCACUGACUGAUUUAGUAUAACAAAUGAAUGGUAAAAUAGUUAUAUUGGACAGAACCUAGGAAAAUGCAGAUCAUGAAUACUAACAAGAUCUGUUAGUUUGCAAAUAUUUACUUAUUGGCUAGAUAAACAGAUUCUUGGUGCUUCAAUUAUCCCCCCUCAAAGAGCAGAUACUUUAAUGUAUUUUUUAAAAGUAGCAGUAUGUUUUGGUUUUAUGAAUGGAAGAACUUGGGUGGUUUUGAACAACUUUCAAUGCAAAAUACUGCCCAGCCAUCCUAUAAAUGGAAUGGCAGACUCAAAUUUCAUUUGGUAUAAAGUACAGAUCAAUGCUGUAAUAACUAUUUAGAAUGGCGUCAGCUCCAAAGUAGUACAUAAGGCCUUGACCUAUUACAUUAGCCAAAAGACAAAAUGCGUCCUUGAACUUCAGCAAAUGGGAAAUUUAAAAUGCCAGAUUAUUUUUUGAAACUGUCUAAGGGGAUUAACGCCAAUUAUUUGGCCUAGGCCAGUGCUGUUGCUGUUUAACUAGAUUUGCUAAAACAGCCUCAAUUUUGGCUUCAGGUCCUUCUACCACUGUAAUAGAUCAGAAGCAAAUCCAUAGCUGAUUUCACACUAGUUUAGCAGGGAUCAGAAUCUAAACUAGUUUCCUCUUGCUUCCAGUCUCCUGAGUAUCACUACUGCACAGGCUAUUUCCUAAUUUAACAGGGAUUUGCAUUCAGGGGUUUCUCACAGACCUCACAGGCAUAACCCAAAAGAUGCACUUUCUCUAGGUCCUUCUAACUGGCAUUGGUAACUCUGUCAUAUUAAAGGCGAUUUCCUAAACAGAACGGUUUUAUUCUUAAAGCAUAUAGACUAUACUUGUUAUUUGCUGCAAACAUUUACUAGUGCCUUAUUCAUACAAGUUUUUGUUUAACUGUUCCUCAGAUUAAGUCCUGCUAAAAAUCUUGUAUCUAGUACAGAGGCAUAGAGCAAACUUCCUAAGUAAGAAGACAUUGUGAUGUUUACAGUUUAGUACCUAAAACUAGAGUCACAAAAAGACAAAAACUGACUGCAAGAUGUUGGUCCAAACCACAAACACAUUUUUAUCCAAUCCCAGUUCAAGAACUAAAUUUCACAAUUUACUCCUGGCUUCAUUAUCAAAUGUCCUGCCAAGGUAUAAAAUCUGAAUUCCCCCAAAAUCUGGCUCCUAUCAAAACCAUAAUCACAGAAAUUCCUGUAGCACAGGUUGAAGUCCAAAUAUCAUGCAGUGGCUACUUUACAAAUCUUGCCUGUUAAGUCUCAAGUUGUUUCAGGCCAGCUACUUUUUCUGCCUGAAGCAUGAACUAGUAUCCACAGCUACUCUCACCUCUUUUUUGAAGACCAGAAAGGUAUGGAUUAUGUGCUACAGCACAAUGGCUGUUCCCUAACAGGAACAGAUUUAGGAUUUACCCAAUGUGGGGCCACGUAUUCCUUCCAAUAAAUCCAGGCUGUGCUGGUGGCUCAGAAGAGAGUUUGAGAAACAAGUAGAAAAGCCUCCAAAUUCUAUUUUAAGACCUACAUAUUAUUUGCUAUAAUACCAGCUACCUAAAUUCUACUACAUUUUUGAGAUUUGUGCAAAUAAAAACUGUUACCUGCCAGUUAACCCUGAUCUAAGAAAAAAUCCAGACAAUUUAUUGGGUUUUUUUGUGACUUUAGCAUGUACUUACUGGAAGGAGUGUACGCACUCUCAUCAAGAUGGUAAAGACAUCAGCGGGCUCUUCCAGUUCUUCAGUCUGAAGUUGUAAAUAUUCCCGUCUCAGAUGAUUAUACACUUGACUCCUGAGAAUGGCUUUAUAGAGAGCACUAAGUAUCUUCAAAUCUUUCCAGUCUUCAAAAUUAACUCUUCACUUUAAUACAAAUAUACUGACUAAAUGUUUAGUAUGUUUCCAGAUGGUAAUUUCUGGUGCUGUGUUUUUCUUCCACUCUUACCCUUUCUCUAUCUAUAUCAUAUAUUCAUGGGUUUUCAGUCAUUCAGUGUUUAAAAUUCACAAUGAUGCCUCCCGAGUUGAAGGUACAAUUUCUAACACUGCUCCACUUCUAACACUGCAAGGUAUAGCAGCUCAACUGAUACUGUAGGAGAUCGAUUUUCUUAGCUGUAGUUUUUCACUUUAAUUACUGCUGGAUGUUAUUUAUGAUUUUCUCAGUAUUGAAUCAGGUUGCUCUUGGAUCAUCACUUUGCACAAAUGCCUUAGAAGCUUGCCAAACUAGCAUGUAAAAGAGACCUCAUUCAAAAUAGUUUAGACAGGAAAAGAAGAACUCAUGUGCUUUACACUCUGAAGAGUGCUGAAGUCAAUGGAUAAACUCCAGUCCUAUAAUAAAGUGGAGCUUUCUAUUGUACCUCUUGUUUAGAUUAAUCCUGCAUGGGCUUCCAAAAGUCUGUGAGAAUUGUUUGUUUGGAAUACCUUGUGAUCAGGAAUUUACAGAGAAUCUGAAAAUAAUCCAGCUGUAUUGAGUGGUUCAACACAGUAACUUAAAAUGGGUUUUCAUGAAAACACAUUCAUAUUACAUAUCCAUGUGAUACAACUGCAUUAACAUGCUAAUGUCAGGUUUUCUCUACAGUUCAAAAACAUGUAGGACAAAAAUCAAGCUACUGCAGCCUAUUUCUGAAAAUAUUGUUAAAAAUAGAUUUUAAGAACAUACUUCAAUUCUGGCUGCAAAUUAUUCUGCUAUAGUAAUGUAAUCAGCUCUAUUUUGUUCACAACAAAUUCUACACUGCGAUUUUAUAGGAAGACUCAAUAACUUUUUAACCCUAUAAAAUAACCAUGAUCAUUCUCCUUUUAAUAACAGAAAGAAGGUUGAUGGCCAAUUCAGGCUACAGAACAUAAUGAAAUAUAAUAAAAUGGCUGGCAACUGCAGCAUUCCAGAGGAUUAUUUUAGGUUAUUAUAUGUUGCAUGGCCACAAACAUGAACAGUAUGAACUACAUGUAUCACAAUGGUGUUGCAUGAACAAAUGGUGGACAUUGAAUCUCACACAGUAAAAUCCAUCCCUCUUGUAACAGCAUAAAAUGUAAGGAUAGAGAGGAAGGGGCAAAAAGAGCCAGAGGCAAACUUGGAUCAGCUUGAGUUAAUGGACUGGAUGUUGACAUAAAAGCUCUGGACUACAUUUUUAUUUUGUUCCUCUCUCUGCAAAAUCCUGUGUUUCCUAUACAUCCUCCUUGCUCAUCUUUAUGAGUGAACUCCCAUGAUUGUUUUUAGAAUGAAGAAGGAACCUUUAACAACUACGAACUUAUGCUUAACAGAAAGAAAUUAGCAUGAAUAAAAGUCCAUUGAUUUCUGUUUAACAGGUACCAAGUAGUAAAGCACUAUUUGAAAUGGGACUCCUUGGACAUUAGAAGUUUCUAGUGUAAUAUAAGCAAAAAUUGACAACAUAGCAAGAUGCCUGCAAAUUUCCCAUCACACACAGCAUUUGCUUGUGAUUUGUUUGUUCUCUCAAUGUACAGAUAGUUAUCAGACAGAUACCAUUCUGAACUACUUAUAAACUGGUGAAAACUAAGCACAAGUAUCAGGCAAUCCAGCUUGACACACUCAAAUGAGGAAAAGGAAUCCUCCCAGAAGAGCUAACUGUAUAAAGUUUAUAAGUCACAUAGAAGCUAGAAUUAUUUUCCAAUCUAACUUUGAGGGACAUAAUGGGGGUUUUAAUGGGGAAAGAAUCUUUCUAUUAAAGAUUGAAGGCAUGCACUGUUAUAUGUAGUGUCUAAGCAAAACAGCAUGUAAAAAGUAAAAGGAGAAGCUCUUCAAAUGGAAUUAUGUAGACCAACUUUUUGUUGACUGACCUGAUAAAAAAUAUUUGCUAGUAGAUUUGCUCAAUGUUCAAUUAAUUCACAAUAAUAUCUUAAAUUACUCUGCAAGUAUUCCUUAUUUGUAUUUCUUCAAGUGACACUGUACGUGUAUUCAGUGUUUUACUUGAAAAUUGACAAAAAAGCAAGAUGACUUUGGAAAUGAUAGCUGUUUCUUUCUCAAGGUCAGAGGACUUCUCAUCUAACCUGUUCUCUUAUUGUCUCCUACUUCUUCAGCAGCCCAGUCCAUGCUUCUAUUUGUCAUUGCCUGAGUAGCAAAGAAAAUGAAGUAUUUUUAGUCACCUGCUGUUUUUGAAAACUGCUGGCUGCUCGACGUGUUCUUGCCCUUUGAGAGAUCCCUUAUCUAAUAAGAUACUAAAGGUAUAAUAGAGGACAAGAACAUAAUUCCAGAUGCCUCACAUAGUUAUUGACCGUGAAAGACACAUAUGCAAAAUCUGGAAAAAGAGAUGGAGGACAGGGGUGAGGAGAAUGCUUGGCAAGCUUUAAAUGAGGUAGAAGUCCUGAUGAUAUAAAUACCUCUUCUAGUGAGCUUGCUUUAUUCUAGAAUAAACCAUUCUUUACCACACAGCCAGAUUUGCAAUGAUGGAAAUGUGUGGCUAACUUCAGCAUGAAAUGGUGAGAGGUCAAAUGGCCAUUGUCUUUAUGAAUUGAACUAAUUUCUUCACUAUGUAAGAGAGUUGGAAGAAGCAGGUAACAUUCCCUCUUCUGAGGCAACAGACCAUGUUGCUACUAGAAAUAGAGCUGAUAAGGUUUCUAAAAGAAGCAAAGAUCUUACUCAUCUGAAUUCUAUUAAUUCUCACAAGAUGGUGCAUCUCUGUGGGAACUUGGUGCUCACAGAUUUUGUACCAAUUUCUUUGUGGCAAACUGUCCGACUUCUCAGGAGAGCUCCUUUUCCUCCUCACUAUGCUCAAGACAGUUGUGACAUCUGCUUUUAAUAAUCUCCAUAUUCUUCAAAGACAUUUCUAAACUAAGCUGUAAGAAUUUUCCCUGGGAAAAGGAAAAAUGAAGGGCAGGUUCAGCGAAGAAUCCAAAGAACCCGGUAAAAAUACUAAAAUAUAUAAGAAAUCAGGAUCAAAACCACAAGGCAUUCUCAUUUUUGCCAACAAAUGACAAUUGGGAAGGCAAAUGAAAAGCUCAUGUGGUACCUCAAAUUAAUGGGACUGGAAUUUAUAAACCAAAACUCUUACUUCUAUGGACAUUUCAGAGAGCAUCUGAACUGCUGCUCUCAGUAUGCAGAGAUGCAGUGAAGAAUCAGAGAACUGCUUUGAUGUGCUGUACAAAGGUUUCAGCAUUCAAAGUCUUAUAUACAUUUCUCAAUGUAUACAGCUUAAAAGGUAGGCUAAAAAAUGGGAUUCUGUGUAUAUUUAUACAGAUUUUACUGCCAAAUAAUAAUUGAAAACUAGUCACUUCUCACAGCAGUUGUGUCUUCACAUGUCACCACAGAGAUCUUAUUGAAUACAUCUGGAGAAAGACAGAAAAGCAACAUCUGUGACAGCAAGUAAGCCAACCAAAAAAGGCUGCAAGCCCAUUUUCCAAAUGCUAGUUGAUAAAACAAAAGCAUUCAGAUGCCCCAUCCAGCUCAGAUUCCAAAUAUCAUUGUAUCAUAUUCCAAAUACAGACUUGAGGCUCCUCACACACAUACAAUCAGAAACAUAUCCUCAAAGGAAAAAUUAGUAUCUUUGCUAGAAGAGCUUGAAACAUCUCUAGUGUUCCACUUGUCCCACUGCUGUCCCACUCUUAAAUAAGGCUGACAGGAAAUAGUACAGCUUUCUGGAAAGGGCCACAUAUCCUUUACUAGAAAAUGAAAAUAUGAACACAAAGAGACUCAAAAUAAUGAGUUACUGAAGUGGACUCCUGGCUGCAGCAAAGAGGGACAUCAGUGUCACCAUUUCUGAUAGCACACACCAAAGCCAUCUACUCAUCUUAUCAUUUCCUCACUGCAUGUGGGCCAAAGCUCACUUAAAAAAAAGGCAGUGUUUAUCUCUGAAUGAAAUAUUCCAGAGAGGAUUAUACCUUUCUUUUUUUUUUUUUUUCUUAAUAGAUAGAACAGCAAUCACUGCCCCACCUUUCUUCCCUUUCCAUAUUCCACUUUGCAAAUUAGCAAGUGUUUCCACCAUCUCUGCCUCUUUUUUGUUUUCAAACUAUUUCCUGAAUGCUGUUUCUGAAUCCCUUGCUGCUGCUUUGUAAACAAGGAUAAAUCCCUGCAACUUGCAUUGUUGGUGCUGUAACAUCCUACAAGGUUACUUCCACUAGCUUUACCUGAAGUGCUCAGAAGAAGGAAGUGCAUGCACACACUGUUUAAAGACACACAAAUUACUAUGUAUGAAGACAAGGGAAGUCAGGGCAAAAGCAGCAUGCAGGCACUACUGGAAAAAUACCUGGACAGGGAAAGGGUUUAAAGUCAUACUCCUCAGUCCAAUUUCACCUUGGCACACCCAAAACCUGUAUCAGGAUCUAGAGCUCAGUUUUGCAAACCUUUCACAACUAACACAAGCCUUGUCUCCAGGUAUUCUAUUUGCUGUUGGCCUGAAGUCACACUCCAGGUUAACCUGCCAAGCUAGGCAAUAACAAGCGAGUCAAAACUAAAAACAACUUCAAGCCACAUGACCUCGACUUUAUCCUGCAGAUGGCAUUUGGCCACAGAGGGGCUCUAACCUAGGUACUUGUCACCUUGUGACAGUUAAGAUGGUCCAAGCUCACCAUCAUAUAUAACACCACCACCUUCAAAAGAGAAAAUGAAGAAAGAUCAUCUCUCUGCAAAUGUAUUUUAAAUAUCUGAGUGUGACUUUGGCACUGCAUUGUAUUUCCCAACACAAUCUAAAAGUAUCAGGAGUCCUGUGUAGAGUUUGCAGAGCAAAAAGGGUAUGUACUCUAUGUGUCCUACUAUACCUCUUCUGAUAGAAUAAAUAUCAAAUAUAAAAAUCUGUCUAAACUUAUUUUGAAAACUGCAUGGCCAGCUUAUGCAGUAGCUAGAUACAUGGCAAGGUUACAGUAUUACUCUCUAAGGAGAAUACAAUUAAUAUGCGUAAUGUAUUUUGUUCAGUUCAAGCACUGUGUAGUCUCCAAGUUCUGCUAUGAGAAGUAUGAAUCACUUCUCAUUAUCCUUCCUAUUCCAAAACACAGUAUUUAUCACAGAUGUGUACAAUACAGCGGCAUAGCUUAGGCCUGUUAUAUAGGUCAGUAUCUGCAAUGCACAUGAGAAUAUAGUUUGCCACUGCAAAGGAGAGUGGCUGCAAAAUCUAUUUUGGAUAAUCCAAUUUAUAUUUGAAGAAAUCAAUGUGUGGUAAUUUCCAGAACUGUGAAUAUAAGGCAACUGCUGCAUGCUUGUAUAUUUGAUAAGUUUUAUUAUACUAUAUCCUUAUAUGAAUGCCUAUGCAGUGUAAAUGCUUUAAUAUAAGAUACUGAAUGGUUUUUUUUACACAUUAUUUUCUAAACAAUGCUACAUUUUACUGCAUGUUUUUUCAUCUUUUUGUGUUGGUAAAAAAGUGCAAGCUGCAAGACACAUGCUUUUAAUAACUUGCACAGCAGCUAUUCAGAUCCAUUAUAAAAACAUGUUCUUAUGUAAAGACCUAAUUUGGCAAGAAAUGUGCUUCCUUUAGACAAUGGGCUUGGUUCACAGCAAUACCUGUGUACUUAAUGUUUAUUUAUUAAAAAAAUAAAAACAUUAUCCCUGAAUCUGUAAAUUGGGCCAUUGAGUCUGCUGGGAGCCACUGUGUUGGUAUGCUUUGUACCUUUGAAAAUGUAAAUCUGCAUUUACUAGGAAAACAGACGACCUGUCCUGAUGCAAGCUGUAAUUGAAAAAAUCCAAUCCCGAGCAGCCACUGUCUUUGGUGCUGCAGGAUGACAAUGUAGCAAUCUUUUUUUUCCUUUAAACAAUACUUAAAGUUUGUACUCAUGACUUUAAUACCAUGAGUUCGUUACUUGAUUGUGAACUGGGCCCACUGUUUACUGUAUUACUAUUCAUAACCAAAGUUCAAUGCAAUUCACAAAAUUGAUCAAACUCAUUUGUUUGGGAGAAAAAAGAAAAGAGACUGAUUUUGCUGAUGUUUUGGAGAGCUGGCUUGGUACAGAGUGUUGCUUCUGUACCAACACAAAUAGUACCAACACAAGGAAAUUUUUUUUAGUGCAAGGAAAUCACUAAAAGACUGAUGGCUAAAAACAGCAUUGUGAGUGGUAAUAAACUGAUGGAAACUAAGUUGUCAAUGAUCCAAAUCAAGGUAGUAAUUCAUUAAUUUAAAGAUAUGUAAAUAUUUAUUUUAAUGCUGCAGCAUCAGAGAUCAUUUUUCAUUGCUUUGAUAUCCAAGGAUUCCUAGUACUACACAAACAUAUUUUAUCUGCUCCAGUUUUUAGGUUCAGUACUUUCAUUCAAAGCAAAGUAACUCCCAUUUCUUUGUACUGCACUGAAAUAAAGAAUCUUGUUUCAAUACAUAA